AUGGAACCACCAGAUCUCAGCUACUUCUACUACACCAUCUUCACCCUAAGCAUUCUGGGUAAUGGCCUGGUGCUAUUCGUGCUCAUCAAGUUCGAUCGUGCCUGCACUGUUAACAACAUCUUAAUGUCCAAUCUGGUGGCUUCCAAUCUGGUCUUCACCUGCACUCUCCCCAUCUGGGCUGUCUACCAAGACAGGGAGUGGACUUUUGGCCCUGCUCUGUGCAAGCUGGUUGGUGCGACAACCUACGUGGGGUUCCACAGCUCUGUUCUCUUCCUGACUCUGGUGACCAUCCACCGUUACUUGGCUGUGGUUCAUGCUGUGGCCAUGCAUAACCAACAACACAAGAACCGCUACGCUGUGGUGGCUUCAGUUGUGGUGUGGCUCACCUGUGGGCUGGCAGGUGUGGCUCCACUGACACGUUACAAGGUUUCCCAAAACUGGAAUUGUGUGGACGACCUGGAUCCAUCCUGGAAGCCGUUUAUCAUUUACCUGCACUUCGUGGCCUUCUUCUUACUGCCUCUUGUGGUGGUGGUGUACUGCUAUGUGCGGAUCAUCAUCACGGUGGUGUUUGCACGGAUGAGUGGCAAGCAUCGCACCCUACUCAUCGUCUUCAUCAUCCUAGUCCUCUUCUUCGCCUGCUGGGCACCGCGUAGCAUCUUGCAGGUGGUGAAUAAACAGUCAUUCAGCUGCAGAACCCUGGGCUAUACCAGCUACAUCACCAAAAAAAUCGCUUACCUCUACUUCUGCAUUAACCCUGUUUUCUAUGUCUUCCUAAAACGCAAGUUCAAGGACUAUGUGUGUGGUCUCCCUCUGUGA